UUCAUUUUUCUGUAAGCAUAGUAUGGAGACGCCAAGCCUCAGUAGACCUCAAAUAUAAGAAGAGAUGUUCAUUUUUCUGUAAGCAUAGGGCUCCAUUAAUAUGGAGACGGCAAGCCUCAGUAGACCUCAAAUAUCUCUUUCUCUCUCUAGAUUCUGCAAAGGAAGGCCUCGAAUUCAUCUCGAUCGUCCAGCUCAAAACCCCAUAAAACUUUUUGGUUUUUCCAGCAAAAAGCUGGUUUUCAGGCGAGAUCUGAGGUUUCCGGCGAGUUUCCCGAUAAAGGCGAAGUUACAGAUCGAGGAUGAUGGGUUUGUGUUAGAAGACGUCCCCCACCUCACUGAUUUCCUCCCUUCUUUGCACACUUAUCCAAAUCCUUUGAAAAAGAGUCCUGCCUAUGCAAUUGUUGAGCAAGAUUUUGUCAACCCAGAAGAUGUGGUCUCCCAAAGAGUCGUUAUUCGAAAGGGUAGUCCAAGAGGGACCCAUUUUCGACGUGCAGGCCCUCGAGAAAAGGUAUAUUUUGAACCAGAAGAAGUUUGUUCUUGCAUAGUAACAUGUGGGGGCCUCUGCCCGGGCAUUAAUACGGUGAUUCGAGAGAUUGUAUGCGGUUUGAACUACAUGUAUGGAGUUACUGAAAUUAUGGGGAUAAAGGGUGGAUAUAGAGGAUUUUAUUCAAGUAACACGAUUCCUUUAAGCCCCAAGUCUGUCAAUGAUAUCCAUAAACGUGGUGGCACCAUCCUUGGUACUUCAAGAGGAGGUCAUGACACCACCAAAAUAGUUGAUAGCAUUCAAGACCGAGGGAUUAAUCAGGUCUACAUAAUAGGAGGAGAUGGGACACAGAAAGGAGCAUCUGUAAUAUAUAAGGAAAUUGAGAGACGUGGUUUGAAAGUGUCGGUUGCUGGAAUCCCCAAGACUAUCGAUAAUGAUAUCACUGUUAUAGACAAGUCUUUUGGUUUUGACACUGCUGUAGAAGAAGCUCAGAGAGCCAUUAAUGCAGCACAUGUGGAAGCUGAAAGUGUUGACAAUGGUCUGGGUAUUGUGAAGCUAAUGGGUCGUUACAGUGGAUUCAUUGCCAUGUAUGCAACUCUAGCAAGCAGGGACGUGGACUGUUGCUUGAUUCCUGAAUCUCCAUUUUACCUAGAGGGAGAAGGGGGGCUGUUUGACUUCAUAGAAAAGCGACUGAAAGAAAAUGGUCACAUGGUCGUUGUGUUAGCAGAAGGUGCAGGGCAAGAGCUUGUUGCCCAAUCCAUGCGGGCAGUUGAUGAAACUGAUGCAUCUGGGAAUCAGUUACUCCAUGACGUUGGGCUAUGGCUUGCUCAAAAUGUCAAAGACCAUUUUACAACAAACCGCAAGAUGACAGUAAAUCUCAAGUACGUAGACCCAACAUACAUGAUCCGUGCAAUACCGAGCAAUGCAUCUGACAAUAUAUACUGCACCCUUCUUGCACAUGGGGCUGUGCAUGGUGCCAUGGCGGGAUACACAGGCUUCACUAUUGGACCUGUUAACAACAGACAUGCCUAUAUCCCUACUCUCUUGUGUAACGGAGACACAGAACAAGGUUGGCAUCACCGACCGGAUGUGGGCUAGACUGCUCGCUUCGACUAAUCAGCCAAGUUUUUUGAAUUACAAAGAGCAUAUACGAGGGAAACUCAACGUAGAAUAUUUGAAAAUGAUCGAGGAUUUGCGAGGAUUACGUGAAGGAACACAACCAGCAACUCCCUCUGAGAAUGAGUUUGGUGAGGACAUUCAGAAGAGCACCGACUCUUCUCCAUCUGCUCGAGGUUGAACUGAACCCCCAUCCUACGUAUAUGGUGUUCUCUCUGAGAAUGAGUUUGGUGAGGGCAUUCUCCAUCUGCUCGAGUUUGAACUGGACACCAGUCCUACAUAUAUGGUGCUCUCUCUCUCUCUAAAGGAUGUUUCCCACUUACUGUAUGUCCAUCUUCUAUGUAAUAUUUUUUCUGUGUUGAUCAUAGAUAAAAGCUCUCUCUUUCUCUCAUGGAUUAAUUUUUUCUGUUCAUUGAAUUACAUUUUACUUAGCAUAUGACUUUUUUUGUAUUUCCAGAAAUAUGAUGCUAGAAAAUUUUGAUAUUUUUUAGCAUCUCACUAAAAACCUAUUGCACCCUUGUAACAAAUUAAAUGACAGAUGAUUGAUAAUGAUUGAUACCCUUGUUA